CCUCGGCACUGUUCAUCUACCUGCUGCUGCACGCUGCUCUGCUACGUCUUGAUUGGCCGUCUUGGCCGAAAUCCCCUUGAAUGAUUUCAAACCGAACCUGAGUGUUUGGACAAGAAGGAGGAGGGGGGGCGCUGCUAAUUCCGAGCAGGCUGAGUGGAAAGGCUUGAAUCCUCCGUCCGCAAACACACCACCUCAGUAAAGAAGCUUAUCCGAGGAGCGUUGUUCACGGUGAAACGCGUACAGGAGAGCACCGAGUGGACUUUAAAAGAGGCUCGUGUUUACGCGACGUUUUCUAUUUUUUGUAAAAGCAAACAUUUGCUUAUUUCAAUUUGUUUCGCUUUCUGUUUACCAUCAUUUGAAUGGAGCGAUGUCAGGAGGAGAGGGCGCACAUUGCGAUGGGAAUGUUGAUGGGAACCAGGACCUGAUUGAAAGUAACUGGUAAUUAAUCGAUUUAAAACAUGUGUUUCCGUUAUUGACCGAAUGUUAGUACGAUCAGUUGUUUUGGAAAAAGGCUACAGAAAGGGUAUUCCUUUACGAGAUUAGCGAGGGCAUUCAGUUCAUGCACGGGUUGCCAUAGCAUCACAUUAAUAUUUCCUUUUAAUUAUCGGCCUGUUGAGGAGGAGGGCAUAACGAUGCUUUCAUAUUUUGGACAAUGUACUUUAACACAAUCCCGCAACUGAGGCUCUGUUGAUUUAGUUUUAGACAGCAAAUUUCAAGCCUCCGUUUUAACACUAUCUGAGACUCAGCCAGAGACAGCCAUGGCCAAAAAUCCGUCCGAGGGAGCGAAGGAUGAGGUGAGCCAGCUGACGGACGAGGAGGUGCUUCGGUUCAGCAAAGAGGAGCUGGUCCGGAGAUUAAGGAGGGUUGACAGCGAGAAAAUGAACCUGAUGAUCGAGCAUGGCAACAUGAUGAAAGACAUCAACCGAAGGCUGCAGGUGCACCUGCACGAAAUCCGGAGCCUGAAGGAGAUCAACCAGAAGUUGCAGGACGACAACCAUGAGCUCCGGGAGCUCUGCUGCUUCCUGGACGACGACCGACAGAAGGGCAAGAAGCUCUCCCGGGAGUGGCAGCGAUUCGGCCGCUUCACUGCCAGUGCCAUGUGGAAGGAGGUGGGCAACUACAUGAUGAAGCUGAAGGAGCUGGAGGCUAACCAGGACACCGUGUUGAGGGAGAACUCUGAGCUGAAGGAGAUCAUCCUCAUGCUGGAUGAAGAGAGGAACGGAGCAGGGUCCAGGAGCUCCAUAGACAGUCAGUCCAGUUUGACCAACCUGAAUGGUGGCACUGGCACCAUCAGGGAUGUCGGAGAUGGAAGUAGCACAUCCAGCACAGGAAGUGCUGGAAGCCCAGAUCACCACAAUCACAACCACAUACACAAGCCUGCCACAGAGAGCAGUAAACUAGGCACCACCAUCAGGAGGUCCAUGGAUGACCUGUCAGCACCGCACCACCACAGGAGUAUCCCCAAUGGACUUAAUGAUUCCUCCACCAACUACAUCAGGCAGCUGGAGUCUAAAGUGCGGAUCCUGGAGGACGAUAACAAUAAGCUUCUCUCACAGGCCAAUAGCCGGUAUAGUUUAUCGCAGUUACAGACAAAAAAGCAGUGCAACCCAGGUGACCUUCGUGCCCUGAGGAAGGGAAUGACCCUGUACCACUCAGAGUCCCAGCUGUCCUCACUGCCCCAACGCCAGGACGCCAUGCACAUGGGUACUGGCCGUCUCCCCACCAGCGAGUCCUCUCCUGCCACAGGUUACCUGUCCUGCGCCCAGAAGCCUGAGGCCGUGGUUCAUGCCAUGAAGGUGCUGGAGGUCCACGAGAACUUGGACAAGCAGGUCCCCGAAGACUACGAGGACGACCUCAGCGAGAAAGAGAAGGCCAUUGUGCGAGAGAUGUGCAACGUGGUGUGGAGAAAGCUGGGUGAUGCAGCAGGAUCAAAGCUGUCCAUCAGACAGCACCUCUCUGGGAACCAGUUCAAAGGGCCGCUGUAGCAUGGCAACAGAAAGAGAAUGAGAGAGAGAUUUACAGUGCACACCUGAAAACACCUGCGCCUACACAACCCAUCAUGCCGUGCUCCCCUACUGCCUACAGAACCCAGCAUUCCUCCGACAGACGCUCUCUAAGGACUGGCUCAGAUAGCUACCAAAUGGACCGGUUAGCCUGUUAUCCACAUGCACAACAGUUUUUAUCUCAGAGCUUAUGAAGCGUCGGCAGCUAGUUUCACCGAUUUUGUUCGUUAAUUUGAAGGUCACACAUUGAUCUCUCUCUACAAUUUUUUCGAAUCUCAGAGCAUAGCUGUGCUACAUUAAGCUAACGAUAAAACAUGGUUUCAAGCACAGAAAAAAAGGGGGCGUUAAUCUCUCAACGUCUUGCUGUGGAUCUGAAGUCAACACGAUGGCGGUAUCUUCAGAUACAUUUUGAUAGUACCUCCUUUAGAGACCCCCUAGCUCCUGUCACAUGUAUCUUCCCCCUAGUGGUCAAUAAGUAUAACUAGCAUUAGCAUCAAAGUGUUAACUAAUGUGAAACCCACUGUGACCUAGCACCUUGUGCUCAUAAGACAAGUCUAUGGAUAAUAACGUCUAGAGAUCACUGUUAACUUGUGUAUAUUAUGUAUAAAACCAUAGCACUACUUUCAAUGUUAUUGUUGAUUUUACUUUUAUCUUUUUUUGUAUUCUAGCGUGGCCAUGUGAUCAAUAAUUUUAGUUGGAAAAGCAUACACAACCAGACCUUUUUAAACAGGGUUUUCUUUUGGUAAAAAAACAAAACUUACUGUUCUUUAAAUUCCUUCUUUUAGUUGUUCUCCAGAUGUGUUGCUGUAAUUCCUUCUCUCUGUAGGCCAUUCUGAAUCAGACCAUCUCCUCGGGCUAAUAUUCUUUGUAAAAAUGAACUAAAACUGUAUGCUGUUUGCAUGCUCGACAAUCAUUUUCUCAGGUUGGGAGGGCUACAGCUUUGUGUGUGUGUGUGUGUGUGUGUGUGUGUGUGUGUGUGUGUGUGUGUGUGUGUGUGUGUGUGUGUGUGUGUGUGUGUGUGUGUGUGUGUGUGUGUGUGUGUGUGUGUGUGUGUGUGUGUGUGUGUGUGUGUGUGUGUGUGUGUGUGUGUGUGUGUGUGUGUGUGUGGGUGUGGGUGGGUGGGUGGGUGGGUGUGUGUGAGUGUGGAGAGACUGAAUGCUUCCCUUGCAGCUGUAGCAUCUGCCUGUGAAUCCUCCUCUUCUCUAUUGAACCCUGGUUACAACGCGGUUGAAGACUGCUGAAGGCAUUUGCUGAAUCCAUAGCCUUGUCCCAUUAUUAAAAAAAAUGUCAGGGCCAAAUAUUAAACCCUAAGUUUAGUUUUGGACAGCAUUAUUGGAUUGCUCCUAAUUACAUGUUUAUCAUUUUAUAUCUCAGUAGAUGAAAGGAAAAACUUUUCUUAAGCUCAGUCCUUUUCUGUGGAUUCAGCAGGUGUGUUUAUGCGGUGCAUGUUUAUUCAAAUCUUUUUUUAUUAGAAUAUGAGAUAAGUCUUCCCGUAGAUGUCUCUUGAAAAAAAACUAACAUUUAAAAACGAGUAUUUCUUGAUGUCAUAAUAAACAAACGCUGUUUGUCAAAGUAUUUAUUGCAAGGUGUCAGAUAGAGAUGGGAGAGCAAUCGAUAACUGAUCAGUCAUAUUUUAAAUGUAUCAUAUUUACUCAAAGUUAUUUGAUAGAUACGUUUAGUGACUGCGAGGUCGGGCUCUCCCAUCUCUAGUGUUAUUUGUUCCAAAUUAGAACAUUUUGAGGCUGUCCGCCAUGCUCCUCUCAAGCAACGGGGUCAAAAAUAAAUCAAAGUAUGGUUUUUUUAAAAGUGUCCUUUUUUCUAGGAGCUGAUUUAAAGCCAUGAUGCAAUUUUGAAUACUUUAUAAAUGGCAUUUGACUUGAAAUGUGCCACAUUUUUUCCUGCAUGGUAGUUUGAUUUGGAACCCAACUGUAUUUUUUUUAAACAUCUAUAGUGUUUCUUUUUCUGCCUAUAUGCUAAAACCACAGUACAGAAUCCUAGAGUCUACAGAGUAAAUGUUGAUUCCUGUAGUAACUAGCAUGGCUGUAACUUCUUUCAUGAAUUUCACUGAUGAGAUGAAUAUGUGGCUGGUGAAAGGAAGACAUGAAAUAGUCCACUUUUAGAACAAUUUGGGAGAAAAUAAACGAAGUUGGUUAAUGAAA